AUGGAUUUCGAGUGGUUUGAGGAUGAACACAGUGCCCUUUAUAUGAUGAGGAUAGGCGCCAAAGAAACUCGAUCGAACACCGAUUAUGCACAGAGAGAAAUACUCGUGGAACUCGGAGAUCUGCCUAUGAAGGUUACUCAGAGUGGGCUUACCUUUCUCGACUUACCGGAAAACGUUAAGAUAAGGAUACUGGAGUAUGUUGGACUUUUGCGGCCUUGUCUCAUCCAAUUCGGCACUGAAAAAUAUCGAUCCAAAGAAUACAAUGGUUCCCAUUUGUGCAACAGCAGCAAUAGUUUACGUAUGCCACGAACAUUUUGGCCAGAAAAAUGGCUGUCUCCAUAUAACCGGGACUGCGGCCACCCUCCCUUGCCUGUCGGAGUAUUCUUGGCUUCGCGUGCGGUUCGGGAGGAGAUUGGGGCUCUGUUUUUCGCCCAGAAUCGCUUUAGCAUCAACCUCUGCGGCAGGCAAGAGUACAAUCUCUUUAAAUUGGCCACUAGAUGGGGUCUGCGAUACAUCAGAUAUCUGCACCUUAAUCUUGGCUACCUAGCAAGCCGGAAUCUCAAGUUAAAUGGAUCAUAUCACCGCACAAUAUUGAAGAUAUGGACGGAGUUCUGUCACAACUCCACAGAGAGAAUGCCUGCCCUAAAACACUUUAGUAUGAAAUGCAAAGUCAAAGACCUCGACGUCGCCAGCAAACUAAUGUGCAUUAUGGACCCAUUCCCAACCCUGUUGCACUGUGCAUUUCAUUUCGCAGAUACGCAGGAUGAUGAUAUCCAGCCUGUUAUUAAGCGAGCUGCGUGGAGGUUGACCGGCAACCUCAGCAUCAAGCCGCCUUUUCCUUUCACGAAACUACCCAAGGAAGUGCAACUCAUGGUCCUCGAGCAUGUUUUGAUUAAACGACUGGAUCCAUUCUUGCCCGCUGCCGAACGCGACAUAGCGGUGGUCGGAUUCUUAGAUCGAAAGCUGCGGCCAACGACAGGCUCGCCUCUUGUUUGCUGUGGCACCUGUUCUCCUCUCGGUGCGAGAUGCUUUUGCGAGAUUAACCAAACGGCAUUCUCUACGAGCUGCACAUGCUUCUGCAGCCCGUUACCCUACUUUCUGGUGAAUCACGAAUUUUAUGAAGAUUGCCGUGGUCUGUUCUUCACAAAGAACAGGUUCACGUUUGUGGAAGAUGACCCCGAAUCCAUCAUGCGUUUCCUCACUUCAAUACCUACUUCGUCUUUUAUGCAGAUUCGCCAUCUAUCGUUCAAGUUUCCUCUGGUCUAUAGAAGCCCUCACAAGUCUCAAAGAUACGAGGAGGCUGCAAUACUUUCUUGGUCAGUCUUGCGUCGCUUCAUUCGCGAACACUUCGACCUCCCACGUCUCUCUCUGAGCAUUGUCGACCUUGGAACACGGAGUGCCACUGUUGGUCGCAAUAUGUAUAUGCGUCGUAUACUCAAAACAUUUACAGACUUGAAAGGUCUGCGUGAUUUUCGUGCCUAUCUGGCCGAUGACCCUUCAUUUGAAAAGGAGUUGGAGCGGGCUGUCAUGGGCAGAACGGGUGUGGGACGAUAUCGGCCAUACCCCAUAGCUAUCAUGCGGACGACGCAUGACACCUUUGCAUAA